AUGCCACCUGCAAAGUGCGACGUCAUUCCGAAGGAGCAAUUCACGCCCUUUGCCGAGAGACGCGCUUGCUCGGGAUGUCGCAAGAUCAAAUCACGCUGUAUCUUCCCAGACGACUCCAACAACUGCACACGAUGCAUUCGCCUCAGCAUUGAAUGCGUCGUACCGUCGCAUCAUCGCGGCGUCAAGCUCGAGGGACAACGUUCCAAGUCGUCGUCCUCGGUGCCUCUUAAGCGCUCUAAGAGUCAAUCGCGAGAUUCGGCCAGCCCAAGUCCAAACGAAGAGACGGACGGAUCGGCUUCGGCCUCGGUCAACCCCUUCUCGGUGCAAAGCUUGCUCGACACCACGUCGUCCGAACGCACAGCUUCGAAAGCGCUGCUCUCGUCCACCAUGCAUUCGCAUCUUCAGGAAGAACCCGCCGUCAAAGUGUCCACACCGGCGGUGCGACGUCCGCUCAUCGAGUCCGUCAUCAUUGCAAAUCUCUUCGACGAAGAUGAAGUAACAGAGCUCGUCCACUUCUAUUACGAACGCUUGAAUCCCAUCAUUGCGUUGCUCGACAGCCAGAUCUACAACCUCAAAUCGCUCAAGACCAACCCGGACUAUCGCAUCUUGCUAGCCGCGAUCUGCACCGUCGCCUCCAAGUUCAUCAAGGUCGACCGCUAUCUCGACUCGCUCGAGUUCCUCAAGCCUGCUCUCUCGCGUAUCGCCGCAGACGACAUUCCUCCGCAGCUCGAGAUCAUUCAGUCGCUCUCCAUCCUCGCUAUGUGGAAGCAUCCCAAGGACGGCAGCAGUUGGCGCAAAGUCAGACUCGCCAUCACACAAGCAUUCGAGCUUGGCUUGCACGAGCUUUUCGGACCCCAGAAGCGCUCCAAAGGCGGCCCGUCCCGAUCCUACAUCCAGUCACAGCGCACUCUGUUCCAGCUUUCUUGCUUCGAAGACGGCUACCGCGACCAACGUCACCUGCCACCUGCCAUUGACCCGAGCUUGCUGCCUGACCCGCGCGAGUGGAUCGACUCGCUUGGAGAUAUGGUGCAGGACAUCGAUGUGCGCCUCGCCGCCUCGCGGGAGAACGCCAACAUCAAACGCGAUCUCAUCACCUCCCUCAAGCACUCCAACGCCAAGAGCCCGAACCCUUCGCAGAUCAGUCGUGCCACCUGCCUCCGCAAUGCGCGGCUGAUCAAGAUGGCCAUCACGGCGCAGACAUGUUCCAGCUCGGUCUGGAUGAACCCGCCGGCGAGCGAGAUUCCUUGCCAGCACUCUGGACGUCCUUGCUUGCUGUUUCACGACACCAACACGCUCUUCAACUACUAUCGGGCGCUCUACUCCAUCUACAGCUCACCGCUGCUCUCAGGCCCGUCUUUCGCCGACGACAGGCAAGCAGCAUUCCAAAAGUGUUCGGAGCUCUCGGUGCAGCUAUUCGAGCUUCUCAACGGCGCCUACGGUCAGGCUGGAUACUAUCGCUACGUGCACGACAUUGUCAUCCUGAACUUGGCCGUCUCAGCUGUUUGGAUCUGCGACAACUGGCGUGCCAUGCCGCAGGAGCUGGCCAUGCAGGCAUGUGCGGCGAUUCGACAGGCUGCCGAUGCCACCUCGCCCUCGUUGGAGGAUUACCUAGAGCAGGGCUCCUACCUUGCCCGAUUCCUGCGCUUCUGCUGCAAGAAGCUGCCAUCCACCAUGUCGAUCAACGAGAACUCGCCUGUCAAUGCCGAAGAUCUCGUCAUCUCGGAGGAUGCCAAGUGGGCCAUGGGCCUCAAUCCCUUCACGCAGCUGCCCAAUGCCUUCGGCAGCGUUCCCAUCGCCUCGGGCUCGUCCUUCCGCCCGCCUUACUUGCCGUCAGCUUCACCCAACAACUCGAAUGGCAGUGGCAUGCAGGUGCCCAACUACGGAGGUCAAUACCGCACCGGGAAUGGCAACGGCGCACAGCACGGCUUGUAUCACAACCACGGCAGUACGGGCAGCCAGGCAUCCGGCUCGCCAUCCCUGCUGUCCACUUCGUCGCCGCAGGGUCAUCACGGCAGCAUGGCUGCGAGCGGCAACGACCCGUCGCUGUUGUUCAACAAUGGGCACAACCACGGUCACGGCCACAACCACAGCCACAGUCAUGGCCAGAGUCAUGGCCGUCAGUCGCAUCAUCAAUCUGGCGGCGGCAUGAACAACUCGACCGUUCAGUACUUGUCGGAGAGCCUUGUGCCACCCGCAUACCCCAUGAAUUGGGACACGUACGACGACAAUUCGAUCAUCACCUUCCUACAGUCGAUCUCUAGCGCCUCCGCCUGA